GUUAAAAACAGGAACUAAACUCGAGACCAAAGACAACCACAAAAUUUGAACAAAAUAAAGAGUUAACUGCUUUCGAUCUUGGUGUAGAUCCUCGGUGAGAUCGACCAUCGAGUUUGAAACACAAUGAAUAUAUUAAGCUUUGAUCUCAGGCCUCUAGAAUUAGAGCAUGCAAGUAUUUGGGAUUUUAUUUUGGAAUUUUGAGAAUUUAAAAAGGAAUAGGUAAUAUAUAUAUACAUUUACUUAUUUGAAGUCAGUCUUCGUCUCCGGCGAUUCUCCAGCAGCCACAGGCGUAAGGCAGCGACGACUGGAGCCCACACCCACGAGAACGUCCAGCUUUCUUGUCGACGACGGUCUACGUUCACCCACGAAUCUAACUUGCAUUGUGAGUACAACUCUGAACAGCUUCGCCUAGGCUUUUGGAGCGUCGUUUCUUCUCAGUUUGAGACUCCAGCGUGAACAAGUUGGCAGCAGUGUUUUGGGUGGGGGGUAAGCUUUGGAUUGUUACCCACACGGCCACACUCCGAUUGGCUUCAAAUUAGUGCCCAUAACGUUUAAGGUCUACAUCUGCAAUUUGGAAUGCUUUAGGAAACCAACCAGCAUGGUUCGGGGCCUUUCGGUAUGUUUCGGCUUCUAAAAGUUGAUAUUUGUUGAAGGAAGUGGAUUUUCGGAUUGAAAACUGUAGGUUGUUGAUCAAGCUCAGUGUUGCAGUCAUUGUUGCUCUCCACCAGAACUGCAGUCCUUUCUUUUCGCUCUCGCCUCCUAGUUGCCUUCUCUCUCUCUGGGGUCGGUGAGGGCUAGCAUUGUGUAGAAGUUUGUCCGAGUUGAAGGGCUAUUGCAAUGGCCAUCGAUUGCCUCGUUCUUGGUGCUGGGCAAGAAGUUGGGAAGAGUUGUGUGGUCGUCACAAUCAAUGGAAAGCGAAUUAUGUUUGAUUGUGGAAUGCAUUUGGGCUAUGUUGAUCAUCAUCAAUAUCCUGAUUUCUCUCGCAUACCUGCUUCUUGUGACUAUAAUACUGCUCUCUCUUGUAUCAUCAUCACACAUUUUCACUUGGACCAUAUAGGUGCUCUUCCAUACUUCACUGAAGUUUGUGGCUAUAAUGGACCCAUUUACAUGACGUAUCCAACAAUGGCAUUGGCUCCUUUAAUGUUGGAAGACUAUCGAAAAGUGCUGGUUGAUCGAAGGGGUGAAGCAGAGCAAUUUACUAAUGAUCAUAUUAUGGAGUGCAUGAAAAAAGUUGUACCUGUGGAUUUGAAGCAGACUAUACAGGUUGAUGAAGAUCUUCAAAUUCGUGCUUACUAUGCUGGACAUGUUUUAGGAGCUGCCAUGUUUUAUGCUAAAGUUGGAGAUGCUGCUAUGGUAUACACAGGAGACUAUAAUAUGACGCCUGAUAGACAUCUGGGAGCAGCUCAAAUUGAUCGAAUGCAAUUAGACCUUCUUAUAACAGAGUCUACAUAUGCAACAACCAUACGUGAUUCUAAAUAUGGUCGUGAGAGAGAAUUUCUUAAAGCUGUUCAUAAUUGUGUGGCUAGUGGAGGGAAGGUCCUUAUUCCUACUUUUGCACUUGGACGGGCUCAGGAACUCUGUGUCUUGUUGGAUGACUAUUGGGAGCGCAUGAAUCUGAAGGUUCCGAUAUAUGUUUCAGCAGGUUUGACUGUUCAAGCUAAUAUGUACUAUAAAAUGCUCAUCAGUUGGACAAGCCAGAAGGUCAAAGAGACGUACUCUACAAGGAAUGCAUUUGACUUUAAGAAUGUUCAAAAGUUCGACCGUUCUAUGAUUGAUGCUCCUGGACCUUGUAUUCUCUUUGCUACACCAGGGAUGAUCAGUGGUGGGUUUUCUCUUGAAGUUUUUAAGCGCUGGGCACCUUCUAAAUCGAAUCUGAUCACAUUACCUGGGUAUUGUGUGGCUGGAACUGUUGGACACAAGUUAAUGUCAGGCAAGCCCACCAAAAUUGAUCUGGACAAGGACACUCAAAUUGAUGUGCAAUGCCAGAUUCACCAACUGGCAUUCAGCCCACAUACUGAUUCCAAAGGAAUUAUGGAUCUUGUGAAGUUCCUUAGUCCGAAGCACGUGAUACUUGUACAUGGAGAGAAGCCUAAGAUGGCUACUUUAAAGCAGAGGAUUCAUUCUGAACUCGGAAUCCCAUGUUAUGAUCCUGCAAAUAAUGAAACCGUAUCCAUUUCUUCAACUCUUUCUGUCAAAGCAGAAGCCUCAAGGAUGUUUAUUCAGAGUUGUUCAACUCCUAAUUUCAAGUUUUUGAAAAGAAACCUGAACAAUAAAGUUGAUCCUAAUUUAAAAGAUUUAAGUUGCAAAGCAGGAGGAACUUCACGCGUGUUUAUACGCAAAUGCUCGAAUCACCAUUUCAAGUAUUUGAAUAGAAAUUUGGACACCAAGUUUGAUUCUAGUUUUAGUUGUGGUCCAGAGCUACAGGUAAGUGAUGAUAGAGUGAACGAAGGGAUCUUGGUGAUGGAAAAGGGUAAGAAAACAAAGGUGUUACACCAGGAUGAAGUACUGCUACUCUUGGGAGAACAAGAGCAUGAGGUUAGGUUUGCUAAUUGUAGACCCAUAUAUUUUGGAAACUUAGAGGAGACCCAUGUUAUGGAUUGCUUAUCUAGAAAAUCUUUAUGGCUUUCCCAGCUAUUUUCAAAGCUUUCAAGUGAACUUUCAGACAAGAAUGUUCAAAAUCUUGGUGAGUAUCUUCAAGUUGAAUCAUUUACACUGUCCAUUUGUUCAAAGGAAGAUUGCCCUUACAGAACUACAAAUAGAAUUGAAAAUGAAUCUACUAUAGUAUUUUGUUGCUGUAGUUGGCUAAUUGCAGAUGAAAUCCUUGCAUGGAAAAUCAUUUCUAUCUUGGAGAAGCAUAAUCUCGGUUCAACAUGAAGGGGGCCUACUAUGUAUGGUUUCCUUAAAUAUACAUGGGAAUAUGCAUUAUGAGGUUAGCUCAAUUCAUGACUUGUUUGGUAAAGGAAAGAAUCUACUGCUUAUCACCUGAAGUUCAUAGUCUGAUGCCAAAUCUGGAGGUUUAAAUUAUGAAUUGUUUGUUUUGGAAGUUUUGAAUGGCCGGAAGUGGAACUGCUAUCUAUGCAAAAGUGCGAGCAGUCUUUAAAGAGUGGUGAUCCUUUUAUUUUCUUUAGUAUAGUAGGGAUAGAGGGAUUUGAAUUGCAGACUUCUUUGUCACUAACAGAUUCGUAUGUCAGUUGAACUAUGCUCCUUUUGGCAAAGGGUGGUGAGUUUUUUUAUAUAAGAGUUUUUGUGGUUAAUGGGUUUAUUUGUUUUCUCAGAGUUCAGAAUUGUUUGUUGUAAAAAUGGCUAAGUUAUUGUUAUUAUUUGCUAUUAGGAGUUUUCCAAAUUGUUUCAUUUUGAUUGUAUUUGUGGAAUCCGUUUUAUACACUAAUUGCUUGUCCCAAGCAUUAACGCCAUA